AUGGGGGAGAAAGAGAGGCAGAAGCCAAUGAGAGGGAUGGGGCAAAUAGUGAACUGGGUAUGGCAGAAGAUGCCAAAAGGUAGGAGUCCAAAAGCAAAGGAUGAUGAGGAUAAUUAUAAUAAUUUCUUGAUGAGGGAGUUACAGUACAAAGUGGUUUGGCAUCCUGACGUCCUGUUUACAGAUCUUAAAAAGAAUAUGGCACAGACUGUGCUACUCACGGUGCUGCUCCUCAGCAGCCACAUUCUAGCAUUUGAUCGGAUACCCCCUGGGCAGAAAUAUGAAGUGGUCUUUCCCAGAAAACUUCACUUUCAGCACAAAAGAGACACCCAGAGCAAAUAUCCAAGCACAGUACAUUAUGAGGUACAGCUGGAAGAAGAACCGCUGGUGUUGAAGCUGGAGAAGACAGAAGAUCUUAUAUCAGAAGAUUACGCAGAGACUCAAUACAUGCCAGAUGGGACACCUAAGGAAACCAGGCCAGAAAUCCAGGAUCACUGCUAUUAUCAGGGAGGUGUGGGGAAUGACAGCAGCUCAUUAAUCAGCAUUAGCACAUGCAAUGGAUUAAGUGGGAUUAUCCAAACACAAGGCCGCAGGUACUUGAUUGAACCACUGAAGCUGACCGACAGCGAGGAGCAUGCAGUGUUUCCCUACCAGGCUCAGGAGUCUACUCCAAUGACUUGUGGGGUGACCAAUACCACCUACAUGGAAGGCAAUUUCAGCAAGACGUCUCUUGCCACCAGCAAUGAGGAGAAAGUGGAAUUUUUAAGAUCAAAGAAAUACAUCCAGCUGUACAUGGUAGCAGAUAACGCUAUGUUCAAAAAAUAUAACCGCCGUAUUGAAAACGUUAAAGAAAGGAUAUUCGAAAUUGUUAAUUUUGUCAAUGUGGUGUACAAGCAAAUGAAUAUUUUUGUGGCUCUGAAGGGGAUCGAAGUCUGGGACAGAAAUGAUAAAUUUACGGUGGUCAGCUCUGCUAAACAGAAUCUGAGACAGUUCUCUAAAUGGAGGACAGAUAACCUUCUGCCUAGGAAGGCACAUGACAACGCUCAGUUCAUCACGGACACUGACUUUAAUAGUGCUACGCUGGGUAUGGCGUAUGUUGGUACGAUGUGCAGUUCCACACAUUCUACUGGAGUUAAUCAGGAUCACAGCAGACAGUCUAUUGCUGUAGGAGCCGUUGUAGCACAUGAGAUGGGACACAAUCUGGGAAUUAAUCACGAUGAAUCUCACUGUACUUGCUCAUCUGGGCCCUGUAUCAUGAAACCUUCUCUCAGUUUAAACACCCCACAUGAGUUCAGUCUGUGCAGUCACCAGAACUACCAGGAUUUUAUUUUGAAAAAAAUGCCAAUGUGUAUGAAGGAUAUGCCCCAGAAAACAGAGAUCCAGACUCCUCCUUUGUGUGGGAAUAAAUUCACUGAGUUGGGCGAGGAAUGUGAUUGUGGAACAGUUGAGGAAUGCACUAAUCCAUGCUGUGAUGCUUUCACCUGCAAACUGAAGCCUGGGUCUCAGUGCACUGAAGGGCAAUGCUGUGAGAAAUGUCAGUGGAUGAAAGCAGGGAUGGUGUGCAGAGCCAGCAAAGGCGAUUGUGACCUAAAAGAAAUGUGCGAUGGACAGUCUGCUGAAUGUCCCUCUGACCGCUUCCGAGUCAAUGGUUUCCCCUGUAGGAAUGGAGAAGGAUACUGCUAUAAUGGAACAUGUCCAACUCUGCAGGGCCAGUGCUCUGAACUCUGGGGACAAGGUUCAGUUGUUGCAGACGACUCAUGCUUUAAUUACAACCUGAGGGGCCUGAUCUAUGCAUACUGCCAGGAUUCCAGGGGCAACAAUGUCCCAUGUAAGCCAAGGGAUGUCAAGUGUGGAGUGUUACACUGCUCUGGAGGCUCCUCUAGUCCCAUUUCAGGUGUUCCUUACACUAUCAGAGCAUGCAAAACUACAUCGAGUCCAACAUUAUUAGCCGAGAAUGGGACAAAGUGUGGCGAGAACAUGGUCUGCUUCAGAGGAAAAUGUACAAACAUUGAAAGAGCUUUUGGGACAUCAGACUGUGCCUCCAAAUGUCCAAAACAUGCGGUCUGCGACCAUGAGAAUCAGUGUCAGUGUGAGGAAGGCUGGGCUCUCCCAGACUGUGGAACAUACACCUCAACCAAUACGAUCCUUGUUGUGGUGGUUGUUGUGGUGGCCGUUCUCUGUGUGAUCAUUAUUUUCGUCCUGUUUGUCAUAUGGUCCAAAUGGUCCUCACGCCGAAAACAGAGGUCUUCUAAUACUGUAAUCACUGGUGCUGUAAAUCCUGCAUUCAAUAUUGGAGAGAAACCAUGGGGACCCACCGGCUCAAGUGCAGCCACACCACAGCUUGAUUCCAGAGUUCCUCGCACUCCACCAAAACCUCCAGCACAGUCUCAAAAACCUUUGGUCUCACAUCCACCAACAGACAGAUCCUGGCCUCCAACCCAAGUGGGCUAUCCAUUGAGAACCAUGAAUGUUCCACCACCAUAUCCUACCAACAAGCCACGAUACCCUCCAGCCAAAUCCCAGGCAUUUCAGAGACCCGUCAAUGCUCCACCACCUUUACCCACAACCAAACCAGUGUUUCCCAGUGUCCCACCUCAGGUACGCCACUCAGGGACAUGAAUAUGGAGCGGCAUGUUGAUUCUUUCUUAAACACUUCCAAACAUCAACCAGACCAAUACUUGCUCAUCCUUCCUCUGUUUUAGACUCUAUAGUAGACAUCUCUGACCCAUGGAGAAAGUAUUACUGGCUAAUACUCUCUCCCUCUCCAGACAGCUGUCCCUACUCUACACAUUUCC